AUGUCAACAAUGAAAGAAAUUAAAUCGUGUGAAAUUCUACUUGGAUCCAAAAGUUUAUAUCUUCCAAUUAACAAUUCUCCUUUAUCAAUAAAAGGCAACAUAAAAUUAAACUUGACUUCGCCAUUAAAACUUACUCAGGUAGUUUUAAAGCUUCAUGGAUUUUCUCAAUUUAAUCAAUCACAAAAAGCAACAACAAGAAACUUUGUAACAAAAGAUUUGAUAAAGCAAAAACAGACAAUUGUCAAUGUAACAAAAACUUAUAACACAGGUGAAAAUUUAUUGCCUUUCACCAUUGUCAUUAAACAGCCUCAAAAUUUAUAUGCUAGUGUUGAGGCUAAGCAUGCUGCUAUAAGAUAUGUGUUGACCGCUGAAUUAACAAAAGCAUCUCCUCACGCAAUUUAUAAAACUAAUAAAAAUAUUUAUUUGAGAAGAAAUUUUAUUUCUUCAGACGGAAUAAAUGUAAAUAAGAUCGAUGUUGAUGAAAAGGCUGUUUAUCAGGGAGAACGUGAAGGCUUAUUAAAAUAUAUAGUGUUAGUAACUAAAUAUUUGAUUAUUGAUGAUGAUGCAGUCAAUGAUCAAGUUAGUGAUGACAAUAGUAAUAAUUUUGUCAAUCGUGAUAAAAAUAAUGCUGAUGAAAAUAAAAAAACUCGUGGAGUUGUUAUGGUGGAUGCAACUUUUGAAUCUUUAGAUAAAGCGGGCGUAAAAGAAGUUAAAGUUGAAGCAUUUGAAUAUGAAAUGUAUAAUUUUUCUAAAUUCAAUUCAUCCAAUUCACCCAAUUCUUCCGCCUCCUCUUCUUCUGCAACUUCUAAGCCUCCAACAACGCCAGUCAAAUCAAAACCGAUAACAACAACAAGAUCUGCACCAAAAAUACAUGCAUUUUCCAAUGUAGCUAUACCAAGUCCUCAUCACACUACCCCACUUUUAGCUCCGCCGCUUACAAUUCCUUUAUCAUCAUCAUCAUUGCUCAUAGGAGAUGAUUCUCCACCAAACACUAACACAACAGCAAUCACUACAAUUACUGACACCAAUGUAAAUGUAAAGUUUGAAAUUCCAAUCAACAGUUUAAUGAAACCUGAUUUAAAUGUUUCGUUUUUGGAAAUUAAACAUGAAUUUAUCAUGACAUUAAGAUUUGAUAAAUUUAUGUUGGCACCUUUGAAAUUGGAAGUUCCUGUUAUUGUUAUAACCAAAGAAUCGGUGAAGAUUUAA